GCCUCAGAUGGACCAAUGAUACUGCAGACACUUUCUAGUUUUAUAGCUGGCUACAGAUCCAGUUUCAUAGCUGGCUACAGGGAGCUACAGAAGUUACUGAUUCCCUACUGUUGAAGUAUAUUUUAAGUUUAAACCUCAAAGCAACAAAUAUUUGUUGAGAACCUCCUAACAACUUUACAUUAUGCCAAGCACUGAGUUAUAUGCGAAAUUGACUGUGGCAUGGUUCCAAAUCUAGAGAAACCGACAUUCUCUACUCCUUUAAGUUACUGGGAGGUAAAGAACCAGCCGCUUAACCUGUUUCCGUCCCUACUGCUCAAGUUGUUUAACAGAAUUCUGGAUGCAGAGUUGCAACAAGGAUAGUGUCCGAGCAGGCUGUAAAAAAUGUGGCUACCCUGGUCACCUGACUUUUGAAUGCCGAAAUUUUCUUCGAGUAGACCCCAAAAGGGACAUAGUUUUGGAUGUCAGCAGCACAAGCAGUGAAGAGAGUGAUGAGGAGAACGAGGAACUGAAUAAAUUGCAGGCAUUACAAGAAAAAAGAAUAAAUGAAGAAGAGGAGAAGAAAAAAGCAAAAAGCAAAGAGAAAAUCAAGUUGAAAAAAAAAAGGAAAAGGUCUUAUUCAUCCAGUUCCACUGAAGAAGACACUUCAAAACAAAAGAAACAAAAAUAUCAGAAGAAAGAAAAGAAAAAAGAGAAAAAGAAUAAGUCAAAAAAGGGAAAACAUCACAAAAAGGAAAAAAAGAAAAGAAAAAAGGAAAAGCAUUCUUCCACCCCUAAUAGUUCUGAAGUCUCCAAAAAGUAACUGAGGCUAUGGCUUAAGCCAUUAAAUUUUUAAAUUUGUUUUGAAAAUCAUUUGCCCUUUCUUGGAAUUUGCUAUAUAAUUAUGCUUUGCAAUAAAUCACAAUCUUUUCUAUAUAGACAUUUUUUUAUGUAUAUGGGACCAUUAUCCUCUGGCAAUAUAUUUUUAAUGUGUUAUGACUCUAAAGUAUUGAAUCAGUGUUAUUACUUGGUAACCGUGCCCCAAGUAUGGAUAUCUAUACACAAAACACAUCCUUUUUGGUAUUUGUUUGUAUGUCUGACUAGUGUUAUUGCUUCAUAAAUUAUUGUAAAUGGCUUUACUAAAGUCAACACGGGUAAUCUACCUAGCAGUUAAUGAGUAUUGCUAAAUCAAGUGUUCACCUGCCAAUGAUACAGUGAGGUAGGAGAUAAUGCUUUGCUCUUGACACUGAUAAAUUGAAUACCUUUUUAUAGCCUAUGAUAAUGUAUGAAGAUAGUGAAAUUCUUCACUGUAAUUUUUAAACCUUUAGCCUUCUUCUGGAUGUCAUAGGAGAUGAAGCUGCUUUAUUGGUCUUGACCAGGACUUUUUAAAUGAAUGAAUGGUGUUAGCAGGAAGAUGAUAAUGAAAAUAUUUAUAACAAAGUUUCACCGUUUUAUGACAUGCAGAGUUUCUAAUACCCCCCUCUUUUGUUUUUAUAACAAUUAAAAUAUCUCUUCUAGUUCAGCCUGUUCAUCCAAUAGAGAUGAUGCUGUGUUGGACAGGGUUUUUAAGAUUGACUCCUGGGUUGUUUUACAAAUGUGCCAUAUUGGCAUGUCGUAAAGUGAUACCUCAAACACAGCACUUUUUAUUUAGAAGAAUGACAGCUAAAUCUUCAUUAAAAUUGAUUGUUAUUGUAUUCAGUAUGUAAAUUUUAUAAAGCUUAUUUCUAUGAGUAAUGUGGAUAAUUUUUAUAAAUGUGAACAUACAUAUUUAUUUGUCUGAAAUAAUUUGUAGUUUUAAAGCAGGUUUCACACUGAAUUUAUGGUUUCAUAAAUGACCAGUUUGAGGUGUUUCACUCUUCCUUCAGUCAUAAAUCUCAGGAGCAGUGACAAAAAUUUAGGAUUAAGAAUUUUAUUCUGUACUUUUUAAAAUUUAAAAACCAGGGAGUUGCAUCAUGAAAGUCUUUCUAUAACAAUGGAAAUUUUAUAUAGGUAGGCAUUUUCAAACGCAUAUUAGUAGAUGAAAAUGUUUCUUACAGUUUUAAUUUCAACAAUGAUUAGUGUUAGUUGCUAUGCUUAACACUUGGGUAUCCCCUAUGCCCAGUAAGUUAAAUGCUUAUUAUUGUAGCAGCAUCGAAAGUCAAUCAGUUAUCAUGGCACAACACCAAAGGUUGCAAGUACCGCACUGUGGUUUGAUUAUAAAUUUUCAAAUUUGUAAUCCACAGACAUGGCUGCAGAUGAAUUUAAAGAAAGGUGUACUGAUUCUUUCUUUACCUAACAACCCUGCCUGACACGACCUCAGUAAGACUGGGGGAGGCCUCAUAGCUCCUCUUACAUUUGCUUACCAUGCUCUAAUUCUAGGGAUGCUACACCCACAUCCCUAUUCUAGCAUUAUAGCCAUGGAAGCUCUCACACGGCUAGCUUUUCCAUAACCUAAUGUAGUCAUAUGGCCUCCUCAAAAAGAAAUUUUUUUUUAAAAUAGUUCAGUCAGUUAUUUGGAGAGAAAUGUGGGGCUAUUAGGUUUGUUUUUCCUUUGAUUUACUUUAUGUAUUUUCGAAGACUAUUUUAUAAAAAUAUAGUUCUUUGGCUAUCAAGAUAAAAAAUAAUAAGUAAAAAAGUUUUUUAAAUGAUUGGAAAAUGCUGCAUGCAAAAGGAUGGCCUAAUUCCAUUUAGUGUAUGACAUGGUUAAAAAUGAUAGUAAUUGUAGUGAACAGAGUUAAUUUAAUAUUUAUUUAAAUUUAAGCUUAAUUUGUAAAUUUUAUUUCUGUUAAUGAGUUAUUAUUUGGCUCUUUGUAUUUGUUUUCUGAAUGGUGACACAAUAAUGGUUCAGAAGAGUUAUAUAAAAUUCAGCCUUCAUUAAUAUAACAUGCAAAUUAAAAGAUUUUAAUUCUCAGUAAUUAUUUUUCACAAUCUUAGAAAUAUUCUUAAGUAAAUUUUUCAUCAUUUGAGAUUAGUUUAUAGAAUAUCUCAUCUGAAUAACAUUCAUUUAUUUUUCUAAGUAAUUUUCUUCUAAAGUGAUCUUGUUAUUAUUGGGAUUGGAUGCAAAUCUCACUGGUUAUUUUAGGGGAAAAAUAGUGAAGUUUCCUUUCAGGCAGUAUGUAGCAGAAGGAAAACUGAAUUUAAUAGUAAAAAUCCAAAAAAUCCUGUACUUUCUAACUACCUCUGUGAUCUUCAGCAAAGUCAUUUUAACUUCUCUGGGCCUUGGUGUCUUUCAUCUAUAUUGUACCAAAUUAUCUCUGAGAUCCCUUCCAGACCUUAAUAUAUGUGAGUAUCAAUAUUUUAUUAAAUUCAAGUAGUAGUAUCCACUUUAGAAAUUACUACAGAUAAGCAGGUAGCAUUCUGUGAUGGUAAGGGUUGAACUUUUUAAUACAUCUGUCAAACAUAUUCAUCUUCUUUAAGCAGAUAAUCAAUAUUUGAGGGGGAUCCUUACCACCAAAUGUAUGUCAUUUUCACUAGAUGCAGGCAGAGUUUAUGUUUAGAUUUAUAUCUGUAACCAGAUUAUCUGAACACUUUGGGGCUAUUGCUUUUGAGCUGAUGGACCUACCCCCCACACAAUUCCCUAUUUCUUUUUUCCAUAUCAUCUGUUGGCUAAAAUCUGUCAGAGGUAUCCCCAGUUCUUCACACUUAAUAGAGAUCUGUUUGCAUCUUUGGUUCUCUGAGGCCAAAACAUCAGCAAAUAAGUAGUAAAACAACUGUAUAUGUCUAUAUUUACUACUCUAAAAUUACAUAACCCUAUGUCACCUUCAAUUAAACUAGAUUGAAGAGUUAUUACUAGUGCUGACAAAAAUGCCAUUGAGUUCUUUCUUCAACAAACAUUUGUCGAGGGCCUAGCAUGGCAAACACUCCGCUAAGUACUGAGGAUACAGAGAUUAAAAAGAUUCAUUUGCUUCCAUGAAGAGGUUCACAGUUUAGUUGGUAGGAGAAACAGAAAACAGCAGAAUCAUUGUGUAUAAAUACAGUCAAUAAUUGACCUGAAUGUGGGUUUACAGAAACACAGAGGGGUACUUAACCUAGUUUGGAGAAGUCAAAAGAGGCCACUUAGUAAUGCCCGAAGUGCAUUUUGAUUGAAGCAGAAGGUGGCAGUUAUGACAGUUCCUGACCAAGUGGAUACUGUGAACAAAGACCACAGUAGAAAAAGUUUGGGGGUAUGUGUGUCAAGAAUUACAAGGAAUAUGUGAGGCAGGAAGUGGUAAGAAUUGAGACUAACAUUCUAUGUUCUCAGGAACAAAAGAAAGAGGUCUUAUGUUCCAUGUUUGUGAACUUGGACUCUAAUUUAUAAACAAUGAGACACCAAUAGAGAGUUUUAAGGAAACAAAUAACUUUUAUUGGAGUUUGGUUUCAUCCAUUUCAUAAUUCAAUUCCACAAGUUUUAAAAGAUAAAAUUGAAGAUGAAAUUGCUCUCAUUAGAAGGCCACAUAGAAAAUAAUUUGAAUCUUUAUGUCAUUAUUUGUACUCUUCUUCUAGACCCACUUUUCUAAGAUCUCUUUAUUACCAAAUAUUAGUGACUUAAGUCUUCUAAAAACAGAAAUCUACUGUAUUAUCAGACUUAUCCCCAGAAUUAUAUGAAUAUGCACAUACUUUGAAAUGUGUUUUUAAUUUUAUUUUAGAUUAUUUUUGACUGACAUUCUGUGGCUCUCCCUCAGGUAACCUGGCUUAGCUGGGAGUGCUUCAAGGACUCCAACUGAUACUAGUGCUGGGAUUCAGCCUUCUUGGGCAGUUGGCAUCCAAGAACAGUAGGUUUCUUAUGCCACUUGCAGAUAAUCCCAGUUACAGAGCCCAGGGUCUUCUGACCUCAUUUGUCUUCUCCCAACUCCUCUAAAAUAUGCAGAGUUCCAGAGAACUGGGAUGCCUCUCUCAGAGCACACCCAUAGUGCAUCCAACCAUGCCUGGCCCCAUGCAUGCCCACAGGCUAGGAGGAGUCUGAGGGACCGUGAGCAUUUUGCUGGCCCUGGGUUUCCAGUCUCUUGCUGUUUGUGUCAUUCAUGGUAUCUGCCCUUGCCCCUGAGCAACAAAAGUAGAACUGUGCCAGUGCCUUAACUAGACUUUCUCAGCCCGGAUUUUCAUAAGGCAACAUCUAAUUAAUAAUAUAAUUGUUAAUAUCUGUGUAUUAAGAUAGCUGAUUUUUCUGGGAUUUUUAAUUUUUUUUUAGUCAAGCUGGAUAAAAGAUCAAGAAAUACCAUAAAUGCUUUAUGUGUUUUCACAGAAAAAAUGAGAAUUCUUUGCUUUCAUGACCACAUAAAAUGUCAUUUUUAAAAUAGUAAUGUUUCAACUUUCAAACCGUGAAUGUACUCUAAGCAGUUUUAAUAUUUAAACAUUGGCAAAAUUGUGUUCUUUUUGAACAUGAAAUCUAACACCAGCAGUAGGCUGUUGCAAUGAUAAUCUGGAACUAUGAUGUCAAUAUAGACAUGUGUGGCUAUUUAAAUUAAAUAAAAUCAAAAUGUAUUUCUUCAGUUGCACUGGCCACAUUUCAAGUCCCCAGUAGCCACAUGUGGCUAGUGGCUAUCAUGCCAGACAAUGUAAAUGUAGAAAGAACAUUUCCAUCUUCUCAGAAACUCUUAGUGGACAGUACUGGUUUAAAAGAUAUCCUCAGUUCUUGGUAGAAAUAUUGACAAGCUAAUGAUCAAAAUUUUCUAAUCUUGAGCUUUGCAUGCCUGAGACCAAUAGGCAUUCCUUUUUUUUUUUCCUGUCAGACAAGAAGCUAUAUUCAUCACACUUUGAAAGGCUAAUCUUUCAACUACAGAAACUUUAUACAACAUAAUAGAUGUGUUCAGUACAGCCAGGUUAAAAUUAAUCCUUUUUUCCUAUUGAAUUCCAUUAUAAAACCAGGUCUGUGUUCUUAUAAUAGCAAUCGCACGUAAGAAAAAAUAUCUUUUAAGACAAUUGCAAUUUGCAGAAACUGUAGUUUUAUUUCUAGAUGUCUAAGUGGUAUUACUGCAAUAGCCUUAGGUAUCAGAGAACUUGUUUGUCUAACUUUCAUUAUAGAAAUUCCUUAGGAACUUUAGCAGUGAAGGAUUUUUGUUAUGGUUAUCCUUUGGCAUGCAGAAAAUAUUUAUUAUGCAGAUUAUCCAAUGUGACACAUUUUGUUACUGAAUGUUAGCUUUUAUAAAGGCAUUAUUGUUGUUUGUGUGCCCAGCAAAUCCUCUAAAAAAGGCGUGGGUUGAUAUCUAAGAGACUGACAUGCCACCUCUAGUUUAUAAGACCAUUCUCCCUGAAAUCUACCUAUCUAGUACCAUCUCUUAGAAAAGUAACUGCCUCUAAGUACCAAAAAGUUGUGAAAUGCUGGUAAUGUGACAUAAAUUUCUUAUCGUUCCUCACUGAGAUAGGUUUACUUGUCUGUGUUAUGGAUAAAUCCUUUGACUAAUCAGGGGGAUCACUUCGUAAAUUACGUGAAUGUCUAACCACUAUGCUGUGCAUCUGAAACUAAUAUAAAAUAUUAAAUAUCAACUGCAAUUGAAAAAUAAAUAAGAAUACCAAAUUUUUUUUAAAUGUCUCCUGAAGUAUUAGGAUAAUUUCAUGUAAUGUACAAAGAUCUUAGUAAAUUAAUGUAAACUUACACACAUUAAAAAACUAUCAACCCUUAGUGGGUAUUCAGUAAAUUAAUUGAAUGAUAAAAAAUACAGCUGUGUCUUGCUUUGUGAGUGGCAAAUUUUUGAAAAUUAUUAUUACAAAUUAUUUGAAAUGCACUCUUUAUUUUUAUUGUUUCAUCUUUCCAAUGAACUUUUACAACACAGGAUUUUUAAUAAUACACAAUGUUGAUUUGUGUUGUAUCCAUCGUUUUUUCUUGAAUUACAUCAUCAGCUUCAUAGGAUGUUUCAUUUGUUGAAUUUGAUGCUGCAUUUGAAUUGGGGGCUUUGGUUUUCCUAUUUGAGUUGCCUGCAAAUAGAACAAAAUGAAAUAAUUAUGUGAAAUUAUGACAUAAAAUUUGACUUAAAUAAACUUUGUAGCAGUAUUGAAAAUGU